AAGUAUAAUAACUAUAAAGCUUAAUGAAAAUUUACUAGCACCUUAUCAGAUUUACAUGUACAAAUGUGCAUAUGCAUUUGUGAUCGAAUGCAUGGCAUUAAGCAUUAAACAACGGAACUUCAAAAAAAUAAGUAAUAAGUGUAUUUAAUGAAACAAAAGCGCAAAUUGAAUAUCAAAAGCCGUCAGAACAUAAAAUUGAGAUUAGAAAUGCCGCGCUGACGAGUAUGCAGUAGCACGCGUAAUACGAGUAAUUGCUUUAUCUCAUAUUUUAAUUUUUUUUUGCAAUUUUUUUAAAUAUUUUUUUAUUGUUGUUUUAUAUGACCAUUGCUCGCCUCCAUGGGGCAGUACUGCCUGUGCGGUAAUCGGUUUAUUGCCGCCUGCCAACCGAUCGUGCGGCCGAUCGGCAUUUGCUAAACUACUUCGUCAUACCUUCGCGCACCUAUAAAAAUUGCGCCGCGUUGCGCUCAGCAACUCAAAAGUGACUUAGAACUUGGAAAGUACGGAUCGUAAGCGAUCGUACGUGAAAAUAAAGAAUAUUAAUAAUUAAAAUAAUAAAAACUGAAAGGACUUCUCUUAAGUGAAAAAAAAAUUGAUAAUAUAAAAUUUUUUUGUGAUACGUAAUAAGUGAUUAUCCUUAAAAAUGCGUCUGUUGUUGGAUAAGCAAAUUGAACUCAUCGAUCCUUCGGAGCUCUUGCGCCCCGAACCUGCUUUUGCUGACAAAUGUCUAUCGAAGUUCCGUGAUUACAGCAUUAAUGAAGAAGAUCCUUUGAAGGAGCGUGUACGCAGAACCUAUCGUGAAAUGCAUCUCAAUCAAACAGUGGACUUUGUUAAAGGUCGCCAUGAGCGCUGGCUGAAAUUCAACACCUUCCAGGCGACUGUGCGCGAAGCACUUGAGAAGCUCAACGAUCUGGUUGACGAAUCUGACCCCGAUAUUGAUUUGCCGAACAUUGUACACGCCUUCCAGGCAGCCGAACGCGCACGCGAGGAAUAUCCCGAGCACGACUGGCUACAUCUGACCGCGCUCAUACACGAUCUCGGCAAAGUAAUGGCUUUCUACGAUGAGCCACAAUGGGCUGUUGUGGGUGACACUUUUCCGGUGGGCUGUGAAUGGGGUAAACAUAUUGUCUACCGCGCCAAUAGCUUUGAAGGUAAUGUCGAUGGCGAGAAUCCCAAAUACAACACUAAAUAUGGCAUUUAUGCGCCAAAUUGUGGUGUUGACAAUUUGUUGUUGUCCUGGGGACACGACGAAUACAUGUUUCGUGUGUUGAAGCAUAACAAAACUAAAUUGCCACAUGUGGCAUGCAACAUUAUACGCUUCCACUCGUUCUAUCCAUGGCACAAUGGUGGCGACUACAAACAUUUGGAGGCACCAGGCGAUGAGGAUACCAAAAAAUGGGUGCUGAUCUUCAACCGCUACGACUUGUACACCAAGAGCGGGAAGUUGCCCGACAUUGACGCUUUGUGGCCUUACUACCAAUCGUUGAUUGACAAAUACUUGCCUGGUGUCUUGGAGUUCUAAGUCAAUGGCGUCGGCAGCGACUUGAGCUUCUCAGUGACAACAUAAUUAUACCUAUACCUCGAGUUGAUCUGGAGGCCUAACUACAAUAAACACAUAUUGUACAUACAUGCAUAUACCAUCCUACUUAAUUAGACUACUUUAUAAUUUUGAACUUAAUUAGUUUAUAUGUCAAAUACCAAAACUGUUAAUGGACUUAUACAUUUUUUUAUACAAGGGAACGUUUUUAUCACAAACAAGAAUAUAAUAAAUAUGUUUAAUUAUUACAUCAAA